AUGGCCAUGAGUUCGUAUAUGGUGAACUCCAAGUAUGUGGACCCCAAGUUCCCUCCGUGCGAGGAGUAUUUGCAGGGUGGCUACCUAGGCGAGCAGGGGGCGGAUUACUACAGCGGCGGCGCUCAGGGAGCCGACUUCCAGCCCCCGGGGCUCUACCCGCGGCCCGAUUUCGGUGAGCAGCCCUUCGGAAGCGGCGGGUCCGGGCCCGGCUCGGCGCUGCCCGCGCGGGGUCACGGACAAGAGCCGAGCGGCCCAGGCGGCCACUACGGCGCCCCGGGAGAGCCUUGCCCCGCGCCCCCAGCGCCCCCGCCCGCGCCUCUGCCGGCCGCCCGGGCCUGCAGCCAGCCUGGCGGCCCCAAGCAGCCACCCCCCGGAACAGCACUCAAGCAGCCGGCCGUGGUGUAUCCCUGGAUGAAGAAGGUGCACGUGAAUUCGGUGAACCCCAACUACACGGGCGGGGAGCCCAAGCGGUCCCGGACGGCCUACACCCGACAGCAAGUCCUAGAACUGGAAAAGGAAUUCCAUUUUAACAGGUAUCUGACGCGGCGCCGUCGGAUUGAAAUCGCUCACACCCUGUGUCUAUCAGAGCGCCAGAUCAAGAUCUGGUUCCAGAACCGGAGGAUGAAGUGGAAAAAAGACCACAAGCUGCCCAACACCAAAGGCAGGUCCUCGUCGUCGUCGUCGUCGUCGUCGUCCUCCUCCUCCUCGUCGUCGUCCUCCUGCUCUUCCUCAGCUGCCCCCGGCCAGCAUUUGCAGCCGCUGGCCAAAGACCACCACACGGACCUGACGACCUUAUAG